AGCUGCUUGUGGAUCAAGAAAGCCAGCGCGCGGCUGGCUUAAAGCGGAGGCCCUGGCGAUGCCAGAAAGCACCGGUGGCUCCUCAACAUGUGCUGUGCUGUCAGUCAUGGUGGCGUCUAUCUCUACAUUGGUUUUUGGCAUGGCUCUGGGCUUCACUUCUCCUGCUAUUGAUGUGAUGCAGGACACCCUGAAGGUCAACGGCAAAGCUGCAAGCGUUCCAUCAGAUUUGGUUGUAUUCACGAGCGAAUUCGAGGGUUCUCUCUUUAGUUCCAUCUUGAAUUUUGGGGCGUUGGCAGGCGCCUUACUUGGAGGCCCGCUCAGCCAGCGCAUAGGGCGAAAGCGUGCCCUUUUGUUGCAGGCUCCGUUCAAUGCAAUCGUCUGGACUGCGACGUCCUUCGCUCAUGGCUUUGGGCUGCUGAUUUUGACACGAUUCUUUGCAGGAGUCGGCGUUGGAAUGUGCAGCACUGUGGUUCCAACCUACAUCAAUGAAGUCUCGCCAACUGCUUUGAGAGGCGCAUUAGGUGCUGUCUUUCAGUUGGCAUGCGUUUUGGGAAUCGCGCUUUGUUACCUGCUGGGUGCGUACGUCCUUGUAGUGAAAAACGAGGAUGGUGAUCAGCUGUGUCAAUGGCGUUGGUUGGCGCUGACUCCUGUGGCUUUGUCUGUACUUCUCUUUAGUCUAGGACUUUUCAUUCCAGAAUCGCCCCGGUGGCUGGCCUGGAAACAGCGCCCUGAAGCGGCACGCAGCGCCUUAGCGCGGCUGCGGGGAGGUGCACGGCACAUCCCCGAUGAGCUCGAAGAAAUUCACGCCGUGGUGAGGCAAGCCUCGGGCAAAGUCAGUUGUGGUGAUAUGCUCACAUCCCAACGGGCACUCCUCAUUGGACUCACCUUGAUGUUCAUCCAGCAGUUCAGUGGCGUGAACGCGGUAAUCUUCUUCCAGGAUACCAUUUUUAUGUCUGCCGGUUUGAAGGACGCUGACAGUUUGGGAUUUAUGGUCAUGGUGGUUCAAGUGGUUAUGACGGCAGUCUCCAUUCCGCUGAUGGACACGGCUGGGCGAAAAUUUUUGCUUCUCACAGCCUGCAGUGGCAUGUUGCUCUGCUGUCUUGGGCUGGCAUGUUUCUUCCAGUUCUUCCAAGAUCAGGGUUGGUUAGCACUGGUCUGUUCCUUUGGAUACAUUGCCUUCUUUUCCUUGGGCCUUGGCCCCGUACCGUGGCUGAUGAUGGGCGAAGUCUUCCCUGGAAAGAUCCGAUCCUCGGCCUCCUCACUGGCCGCGGGCUUCAACUGGACCUGUUCGUUUAUUACAACGGAGACCGUGAGUGGGCUACGUGGGCUUGUCGGUUACAGCGGGGUCUUUGGCAUCUACGGCGCGUUCCUCCUCCUUGGCCUUGCCUUCAUCGCGUCACUUGUGCCGGAGACCAAGGGCCGCUCGUUCGCAGAGAUCGAAGCAUUGCUGUCUCGCCCACGACGCGAUGUGCCGCUGAUUCCAAUGGAUUGCUGACGCGGGAAGUAACCGGAUGCUAACGACCAUUGGACCAUGCGACCCACAUCGACCCACUGCACUGUUCCGAGAUGUUCCUAGACUGAUCACAAGUUUGGC